AUGUCUGGAACAACCUCGCUUGCUUCCUACGUGUUCUCGCCCCCCGCGCCUGGGGCAAACACCAACCUUCAAGGCUCCCAAGUCGAUUCACCAUGGAACUCGAGUUCUCCUGUUUACGGCAAUGGCGGUAUAGGCACCGACUACGACUACGACGACCUAAGACUGCCUCCGAUCAACCCAGACGCCGAUGCCGAAGACAACUAUGACCUACCACCCUUUGUAAACAACCCGCAGUUCUUUGGCAUUGGGCAGCAACAACGAUCUUUAUCUCCCAGUCUAGGCUUGAUAAACCCAAGCUCGCCAGCCUCAGCUUCGCGCCCACGCGAAGAAGAACAAGAGCAGGAGCCACCACCUUCAAACCAGCAAGCGCGGCGGCAACAACAGCAUCACCAUCAACACCAACCCUCAGUCUCCCAAUACAGAGUCCCUGGUUCAGAAUCUCCCGACCCUUUCGACGAAGCCGCCUUCCUCGAUCUACAGCACUUUCCUGAGCUGUUUCCGUCGCGGUCCCCCAGUGUUUCUUCACACUCCCGCAACACCACGCGACGAUCUAGCUUUGUCGAUCUCACGGAAUCCUCGCCAGCGGAGAAAAUGGCACCCUCGAGGAAACGCAAGGCGGAUGAUGGAGGGGCCGCGGGGAAGGCUACGAAGGCCGCUCGGAAAACAACGAAACGGCCCAGUAUCAUAUCUAAGAGGGAGGGGAGUUUGGAGGGUGUCGAAGUGGUAGAUCUGGCUGAGGUGGAAACUGAUGAGCAAUACAAGGAGGCCACGGCCAGGCAGCAGGCAGAGAUGCUCAAGAAGCAGCAGCAGGAUGAGGCGACGCGGCCGUUCAAGCUGGCCGAGUUCAACUGUAUAAUUUGCAUGGAUAAUCCGACGUCUCUAACUGUUACCCAUUGUGGGCACAUGUUCUGCUCCGAAUGCCUCCACCAGGCACUCCACGCGGGCGACAAAAAGGCCUGCCCCGUGUGUAGGACAACGAUCAGCACGACGAUGAGUGGGAGGGAAGGCCACAAACGGCAACCUAAGAACGGGAUAUUCGCGCUGGAAAUGAAGCUCAUGACGGCUAAUAAGAAAGGGAAGAGGCCUGUGAGGGCGUCAUGA